AUGGGCAUUCGUGUAGCAGACAUAGUUCUUCAUCAUGCUAAGCACAUUGUCCGGAGACAUAAAAGGUCUGAUCAAUUCUUACAUCAAGCAUCAUCAACAACAACAACAACAUUGGAUGUUCCAAAAGGCUGCUUUGCGGUUUACGUUGGAGAGGAAGAAGAGAAGACGAAGCGGUUUGUGAUUCCAGUUUCCUACUUGAACCGCCCUUCAUUUCAAGACUUGUUGAGUAAGGCUGCAGAAGAGUUUGGCUUUGAUUAUCAUCAAGUGGGUGGUCUUAGAAUUCCUUGCAGUGAAAGGCAUUUUAUUGACCUCUUACAUAGAUAG